UUUUUUACUUUAAGCCUCACCAAAAACAUCCAAAUGAAUUUUCAGAAAUUGAAAAUGUUCACUUUUUUUUUUUUUUUUACAAGUCUUUUAGCAAGACGUUUUUUUCUUUUAUUACAAUCUCCAGGCAGAUUUCUUUUUACUUUAAUAUCAGAAAUUUAAAAAGCAUUUGAAAAUAUUUUCAUCAUAAAAGAGGUUUUUGAAUUGCAUGCAUUUUUAUGGGGGAAAAACUCCUUAAUGAAUAUAAUUAUGUGGGGUUUUUUUCCCACCAUUUUUUUCAUUUAUUACAAUCUCAACAGCAAGACACUUUUUACUUUAAGCCCAACAAAAAUAUAUUUAUUUUUUCCCCCAGAAAUGAUCAUAACAGAGGUUUUUGCAUUUAAUGUUUUGUAAUGGAAAAGAGCAUCUAUUUAGAAACUCCAAUGUCCUUAAUGAACAUAAUCGUGGGUAUUUGUUCACCAUUUUUUUUUUUAAAAAUUUUAGUCUUUUAACAAGACUAUAAUUCUCAUUAUUACAAUAUCUGAGCCCCACAAAAAUAUCAAAAUAAAAUUUCAGAAAUUGAAAAUAUGUUCAUAAUAAAAUAGGUUUUUGAAUUGCAUUUUAAUGAAUUUCUAUGAAAACAAAUAGCAUCUGUCUAGAAACCACAAUGUGCUUAAUGAAUAUACUUAUGGGUCCGACUCCUAGAGGUAUAGUGUUCAAUUAGGGAACAGCCUAAAGACUGAUGACCUUUUCGUGCUUGGUGCUCCUGCCUGACCUUCUAGUGUAACUGGACCUCAGAAGCCAAGCCAGUCCAACAUUACCUGAUCCACAGCUGUAGUGACACGACAAAACGCUGCUGCACACCUGCUCAGGUGUCACUUUGUGCUCAAGAGAAGGUGUGGCAGAGAGAGAGAGAGAGAGAGAGAAGAAUAAGAUAUGAAGUCACUCAGAAGGACAGGUCUCUAACUCUCUAGUUAGUCACCUUCAAAUUAGCCCCUUCAUUUCUCAAUUUCUCCAAAGCUAAUUUCACAGGCGGUCACUUGGAAUUGGAGUCACUUGGAAUAUUUCAUUCUUCAUUCUUUCUAACAAGGAUUAAACAGACAGAGGGCCUUGGAUUCCCAUUCACAACGUCACUUUUUCACUGUCGUCUCUCAUUUGCCUCAUUCAUCCAAGAUGAGAGGAUGAGAGCAGAGUCAUGGCUUCUUAUUCCCAGACCACAGGAGAGACGGAGCGGCCGGUUUCAGAGGGAGGAAGCAGAGAGGAGAGGUCUUCUCACCAACUGUCUCAGGAUCUGGUCGAGGAUGGCACUGAAUCUGGAGCUCUUGAGCUGGUUUCUGUCACAGAAGAGGACCUUCCCAUUGUCGAGACCCCCACCACUUUCAACGUGAGCUCCUUCAGCAGUCAAAACAGCCAUUCGAUUCACUUCUAUGACCCGGGCUCGCAGGAUCCCCACGUCCCUGUUGAGUUGCCUACUGUGGCGUCAGCUCCACUACCUGUGUAUAAAGUGCAUAACAUUCAGAUCCCACCCAGCCCAGGUGUGCCCAUCAUAAAGGUCCAGCCCUUCUUGGAUGGAGAGCACCUGUCAAACUUGAAAUCUUUGUGUUGGCCGUAUGUGUCUCGCAGAUUCCUGGCUCUGCUUAUCAUCUUGGGCUUGCUUAUAGCUUUGAUUCUGUGUCUAGGAAUAGGUUUGGGAGUGGGUCUGGAGAGUUGCUCAGGAAAGUUUCACUGCAUGUCGUCAGUUCGGUGUAUCAGCAGAAAAGCUGUGUGUGACGGAGUUGAGGACUGUGGAAAUGGAGAAGAUGAACUCAACUGUGUGCGUGUGAGUGGCAGAAGCUCUGUGCUGCAGGUGUUCAGCUGGGGCUCAUGGGGGACUGUGUGCUCUGAAGGCUGGGAUUCUCAGCUGGGCUCCUUAGCCUGCAGACAACUGGGAUACAACAGCUAUGUGAGCUCUACUGCCAUUCCCAUCUCCUCCAUUGAAGCAGUAUUUCAGAAUAAUCUAGUGGCUCUUAAUAUCAACCAAACAGCCCUUCAAGACACCUUCAAGAUCCACAACUCUUCAUACAUUAGAAAGACUCACUGCAGUUCUGGUGUAGUGACUGCUGUCAAAUGUAUAGAGUGUGGUUCCAGGCCAGCUGUCCGCAGUCGUAUUGUGGGAGGAAAUGUGUCGAGGCCCGGGCAGGUCCCAUGGCAGGUCAGCCUACAUUACCAGAACCAGCAUGUCUGUGGAGGAUCAGUCAUCAGUGAGCGCUGGAUACUCACUGCUGCUCACUGUGUGUUUGGUUUUGCUCAGCCAGUGUCAUGGACAGUGCAUGCUGGGAUGAUAGACCAGCCAUUGAGUGGAUCUAAGGCUCUCUCUGUGGAGAAAAUCAUCUACCAUGCCAACUUCAGGCCAGAAGGACUCAGCUACGACAUAGCGCUAAUAAAGCUUAAAUUACCUCUGUCUUUCAACGACCAAGUAGCCCCCAUCUGUUUGCCUAAUUUCGGUGAGAGCUUUGAGGAUGGACAGAUGUGUUUGAUCUCAGGGUGGGGAGCCACAGAAGAUGAUGGAGAGACCAGUGGGUCCCUACAAGUCACUCAAGUCCCGUUACUGUCCAGCAGAGAAUGCCGCAUACCGGGUCUGACCUCAUGGAACAUCUGUGCAGGAUACUUGGAGGGUGGUGCUGGAGCAUGUCAGGGCGACAACGGAGGGCCGCUGGCCUGUCAGGGGUCCGGGUGGACAUUGGUGGGGACAGCCAGCUGGGUAGAAAAAUGUGAACAAAAAAACAAACCAGGCGUUUACACCAGCACAACUGAAGCUCUCACAUGGAUUCAGCAACAAAUGGAGAAAGAAGAGGAUCAGCGUCGUUGAGCAUUUCAUGGUGGACAAGCUUCUGCCGACUCACAUAUUUCCAUACCUAACAUCUGACAUGACCUAAUCCAACAUGGCUUUGGCUUAUGAAAGGGAAUCAUGUCAUAGUAUGACAGAGGCAUAUAUAUAUAUAUAUAUAUAUAUAUAUAUAUAUAUUCCUCUGUCUGUAUAUAUGCCCUUCAUAAGCCAUGUUGGAUUGACUAUACUGACCAGAACAAAAAUACAGUAAAAAUACUAAUUUUUAAGUAGUAAUUUAAAGUUUAUUUGUAAAAUGCUAUUUAUUGUACUUUUGUUUGUUUUGUUUAUUUGGGUCCAAAUAUUUAUCAUUUAUUUAUCCAUGCAUGUUGAAAUGUUUUAGUGCAUAUAUUUUUGUAUGUAAGGCCAAAUGUACACACUAACGUGAUGCAUUUACCAUUCUCAUUAAAUUCAUUUAAUGUUAUUAAGACACUUACCGUAUUAAAAUGAUGUUCUUAAGGGGCCGUUUACACCAUUUUCAACUAAAAACGACUUUUUUUUUAUGCAUUUAGGCCAUUCAUUUACACGACAAUGGCGUUUUGAGGGCCUGAAAAUGCAAACUUUUGAAAACGGGUCUCAUAGUGCACGUUUUUGAAGACGAUACCAUUAUUGUCUCUGUUUAAAUUACAUUUUAACAUAGACAAAGUUUCUUUACAAAGUGACAUGGCCAUCUACUGGCCUAUCAGGAUAAUACGUUUUUAAUCGUUUCCGUGGAUCUGUGUGAAUGGGAAUCGCAAUGGAAAAACGUUUCCGUUUUUAGUACAUCGUUGUCAUGUAAACGUACCCUAAGUCUCUAUUCUGCUCUUCAAAAUCUCUGUAUUCUUGCCUUCCACUAUUUAAAUAUGCAAAAUAAGUAAAUGCUAAACCAGAGUAACAAAUCCAUAUGAAAAAUGGACCAAAAUGAUAAUACACAAACACCAUUUUUUCCCCACUUUCCAUGAACUACACAAUUUCACCCCAAGUCAAAUGAUUUAUUUGUUUACACACCAGACUCGGUGAAGGUUACACUAAAAAUACUCUCUCGGCCCUGACAUGAAUGCAGCUCAUGACCUCUGAUGUCAUACUACAGGAUCCACAAACAAAUGAAAUCACACGCAACAAAGUGUCCUUCAGGUACAGUGUUCUUUAUUACAAAAUGAAGAGUCUGAAAGGCAAAUCUGUGUGUGUUUGUGUGAGAGAAAAAAAGAAAAGAAAAAUGCUCAACGCCCAAAAUGAAGCGUUUAAACCUCCCCAUGCUAAGCUAAUGGAGUUGACUUUCUCCUUUUGGGUUAGUCAUCUGACCGAUGGCAUCACAAGACUAAUGCUGGAAAUGAAAAGCCGCUCAGUACUGACAGCCUAAAGCACAUACUGAAUAUGUGAAAUAACUAUAAAACAGAAUAUGUAUGAGUUCCAUUAAGUGACAGCUGUAAAAGGAAGAACCUGGGACAAACAUGUCCAUAAUCCAAAUUUUAUAUCAGCUUCUAUUGUAUUGAAAUAUACCAUAAACAUUUUACUAACAGCUCAACUGCACCAGUCUUGGGGUUUACACUGAUAGAUUUGUAUUUCUAUUUGUGAGCAUACGGUAUGUUUCUAAAAAUAAUAUUGUAUGUUUCUUUACAAUAAUAAAUGAAAACACAUGCAAUCAAUCCUUAAAUAUUGAAAACAUUUGUUUUAUCCACUUAGUUAUGGUGAAAAACAAGUUUUCCUGCGAACACUCUAGGAAUUGUCCAUGUUAACGCAGAAUAAAAAAAGAAA